GAAAAACUAAGAGUGUAGCGAUUUUGGAGACGAGCCGUCGAAUGCAUUUUGUGGUUUUACCAAAAAGAAAGUGCGAUUGAAGGUUUCGCCUUCUGAGUGUCGCCCGCCUUCACCUCAAAUUGCAGUCAAGGUAGAAGCCAUCGGGGCUCUGUCCGAGACAUGUACAACUGCUCACUAUUAUUGUACUCUUGUUAAUAUAUAUUAUGGCAAUGCAAAAACAGCAGCUCACGGUUGUGGUACGAGUACGGCCACUGAACUCUGGAGAAAAGUCUCGUAAAGCUUUUCAAUGUGUGUUUCCAUUGGAUAAAAAGCGAGUACUACUUGUGGAUCCCGAAAAGUUUGAAAACAACAUUCUCCGACAAAACCGACAACAUGAACGAAAGUUCGAGUUUGAUGCAUCAUUUGGAGCAACAUCUAAUCAGGAGGACGUGCACGAAACAACAACUGGUCCUAUUAUCGACUCAGUUGUUGAAGGGUUCAAUGCCACUGUUUUUGCAUAUGGUGCUACUGGGUCCGGCAAGACGUUUACUAUGAUUGGAACAAAAGACAGGCCAGGAUUGAUGACGUUGAUGACAAAAACCUUGUAUGAGAAAUUGGAUAAUCAAUAUCAAGUGUUGUUAUCCUAUAUGGAAAUCUACAACGAAAUAAUCAGAGAUCUUCUAAAUCCUAGUGGAGGCGACUUGGAACUAUUAGAAGAUGAGCGUGGAAACAUCCGAGUACCCGGUUUGUCCUCAGUAAAAGCACCAAAUCUAACCCGAAUCAUGCAAAUAUUGCAAGAAGGCAAUCUACGACGCACUCAGGAAGCGACGAUGGCGAAUAAAACAAGCUCAAGGAGUCACGCGUUGCUUCAGGUGAUGAUCGUCAAAAAUCAAUCUCUUCACAGUAAACUUUUCAUGAUAGAUCUAGCAGGCUCCGAGCGAGCUUCCAACACCCAAAAUCGUGGAAUCCGGUUGAAAGAGGGAGCUGCAAUAAAUCGCUCACUGUUGGCACUUGGGAAUGUCAUUAACUCGUUGGCUUCGAAGACUACCAAAUUUGUGAACUAUCGGGAUAGCAAAUUGACAAGACUUUUGAAGGAUUCGCUUGGAGGGACGGCGAAAACAUGCAUGAUAGCUCACGUCACCCCAUCAAGUUCUAAUUUUGAAGAGACAUAUAACACACUGAUGUAUGCAUCAAGAGCAAUGAACAUUACCAAUAAACCAAUGCGGAAUCGGCCAGCUUCCGCCGAUCAAGUUUAUGCAGAGGCGAUGAAUGCGAUCAGGAAGGAAGUUGGAUCGCAGAUUAAGAAUUCGUCAUCAAUUACCGGAUUGGCAGCAAGAAGCAGUGUGCAAGAAAGGAGCAGCAGCCGUAACCGUCCAAAAUCUAUCUCACGGAAUAGCAGCCUAACGAGAGCGGCUCAACCGAUGCCGAUAGACCGUGGGCGUGGAGGAUCACUUUUCACACAGCUCAAGGAGCAAUACAUGACAUUGUCGGAUAAACAAAAGCGAUUGAGGGAGAAAUUGAUGGCUACAAAUCAAGAAGCCUACUCAUUAGAAAUGUCUUUAAUUUCUAAAAAUGCAAUAAUUAAUGCUUGGGAGAAGCAUCAUCACGACAAGACAGCUGAAAGUAUUGAAAGGUUGAAAAAGGAUGGAGAACUUCAACGAGUGCGCCUUGUGGAACUAUCUGAUCAACGAACUAAAGUGGAGAAGGCACUCCGGAAAGGGGAGGAGAAUGCGAGUGGGCUGGAAUCUCGAAUGAGAAGCCUGGCAUCCACUAAUGAGCAGCGAGAAGUUGUUAAAUUGAUGGUGAAGAUGGCUGAGAUAGAAGCACAAAAAAUUUCCGCAUUGUCGGAUCUUGCCAUCCGGGGAUUGAUCAUGGAUAGAACUGAUACAUCUAUUGCAAAGCUUCAAAAAUAUGAAAUGGUGGCUGAUAAGCUGAUCGAUGGAAAGCUAGACGACAAUGAUCGUAAGAAACUUGAAGAAGAAUACCGAGUGAUCAAAAAUCAGUUCCAUUAUCAUCUGCUCCCACUGAAAAACAUUCAAACGACGGUCUCGUGGAAUUCAAUGCUGCUUCCGAAAAUUAUUAACAACAACAACACAAUCAUAAUAGAGGAUCGCCUUAUGUCUGCCUCAAAGAAAAAGUCUGAAAUUUCCCUACCCCUCAUUGCUAAUGGAAGAGAAAAAUAUCCGACUUCUUCUGCGGAAUCAACUACUGACGACGAUCGAGUCAAUUCUCCGGUUACUGAAAGAUUGCCAACAAUUUAAUUUUUUCAACACAUUUUUACUUUUCCUUAUUAUUUUUCCCACAAACCCUUCACUCUGUUCUUUCAAACUCUCUACUAUGUAGUUUCUUUCUUUUGCCAUUUCGAGUACUUCAUCGAUUUGUGAUACUUUUAUCUUGAACAAAUUGAACUAAUAAUACAAUUUUAUUUUAAACAUUAGAAAUGUAAUAAAAUAGUUUUCAAAA